GAACUCCGGUUCGGUCCAUUAGGACCGAGACGAAGCUUUUAGAAGGAUGAGACGAAACACUAAAGCGUCUGCAAGGUGGGGCUGUUCCCCUCCCCCGUGAUGCGACGAAGCCCCGCCCCUCCCCCUAGGAGGAGCCCUGUGCUGCAGUGAAGCAUCCUCAGCAUCAGAACCAGAACCAGAGAACACUUCGGAACCGAGCCGCGGAGCAGCAGAACAUCAGGUUUUGAGUCAGAAUGGUUGUUGGUGUGUCAGAACGGAUCCAGAGGGACCGGGAUCGGGAUGAAGGCCUAGGCUCGGUCCAGCAGGCAGUACAGUACCUGAAUCAGGACUUCCAGUCUCUGAGGGAGGAGUGUCUGCAGAACAGAACCCUGUUCCAAGACCCCAUGUUCCCAGCAGAACCUGCUUCACUGGGCUUCAAGGAACUUGGACCAGGCAGCGCCAAGAUCAGGGGGGUGGAGUGGAAAAGACCAAAGGAUCUGACAGCAACACCUGAGUUUAUUGUGGGUGGGGCCACCAGGACGGACAUCUGUCAGGGAGCUCUAGGGGACUGCUGGCUGCUGGCUGCGAUUGGCUCUCUGACCCUGAACCAAACGCUGCUCCACCGGGUGGUUCCUCAUGGCCAGAACUUUCGGAACCAGUACGCCGGCAUCUUCCACUUCCAGUUCUGGCAGUUUGGGGAAUGGGUGGAUGUGGUGAUCGAUGACCGUCUUCCGGUCAAAGACGGAAAGCUAAUGUUUGUCCACUCAGCAGAGGGGACGGAGUUCUGGAGCGCCCUGCUGGAGAAAGCCUACGCCAAGCUGAAUGGGUCUUAUGAGGCCCUGUCUGGGGGCAGCACCACGGAAGGCUUUGAGGACUUCACGGGGGGUGUGGCUGAGUCGUACGAACUGAAGAAAGCUCCCAGUGAUCUUUAUCGGAUCAUCGGAAAAGCUCUGGAGAGAGGAUCCCUGCUUGGUUGCUCUAUAGACAUCACCAGUGCUUUCGAUAUGGAGGCGGUCACCUUCAAGAAACUGGUAAAAGGCCACGCCUAUUCUGUGACAGGCCUGAGACAGGUGGAGUACCGCCGCCAGCAGGAGCGUCUGAUCCGAAUCAGGAACCCAUGGGGUCAGGUGGAGUGGACUGGAGCAUGGAGUGAUGGAUCCUCAGAGUGGAACACCCUGGAUUCCGCUGAGAAGGACGAGAUGCUGUGCAAGAUGGAGGAUGGAGAGUUCUGGAUGUCGUUUGGGGAGUUUCUGCGCCAGUUCUCACGCUUGGAGAUAUGCAAUCUGACUCCAGACGCUCUCAGCCAGGACACCACCAGCUUCUGGACCACCGCCACGUUUAACGGCAGCUGGAGGAAGGGAAGCACCGCCGGGGGCUGCAGGAACCACCCGAACACCUUCUGGAUCAACCCUCAGUAUAAGAUCUCUCUGCUGGAGGAGGAUGAUGACCCCGAUGAUGACGAAGCUGCCUGCAGCUUCUUGGUGGCGCUGAUGCAGAAGGACCGGCGCAGGUACCGCCGCCAGGGUCAGGACAUGCACACCAUCGGCUUCGCCGUCUAUGAGAUUCCUCAUGAGUUCAAAGGAUCUCAGAGUGUCCACCUGAAGAAAGACUUCUUCCUGCGCCAUUCUUCCUGCGCACGGUCCGAGAACUUCAUCAACCUGCGGGAGGUGAGCGCCAGGCUCCGCCUCCCACCUGGCGAGUACUUGAUUGUCCCAUCCACCUUUGAACCCUCAAAGGAAGCUGACUUUGUCCUGAGGGUGUUCACCGAGAAGCAAUGUGAGACUAAGGACAUGGACGAUGGCGUGGUGUUCAACUUGGAAGAGGAGGAAAUCACCGAGAGUGACAUUGAUGAUUCCUUCAGGUCCAUGUUCGCUCAGCUGUCUGGAGACGACAUGGAGAUCUCAGUCCGAGAGCUCAGAACCAUCCUCAACAGGGUUGUUUCCAAACACCGAGACCUUCAGACUGAUGGGUUCAGCAUGGAGUCCUGCAGGUCCAUGGUCAGCCUCAUGGACAAAGAUGGCAGCGCUCGGCUCGGUCUGCUGGAAUUCCAGAUUAUUUGGAACAAGAUCCGGAAGUGGUUGGCGAUCUUCAGAGAGUUUGAUCUUGAUAGGUCGGGUUGCAUGAACUCCUAUGAGAUGCGUCUGGCCCUGGAAAAUGGAGGAUUCAAACUGAACAACAAGUUGUACCAGAUGCUGAUCGCUCGUUACGCCGACAACGAGAUCAUCGACUUUGACAACUUCACCUGCUGCUUGAUCCGACUGGAGGCCAUGUUCAGGAUCUUCCAGGGUCUGGACCGAGACUGUACUGGAACUGUGGAGAUAAACACUGUUGAGUGGCUCUUUGUGACCAUGUGUGGUUGAAACUCAGAGCGCCUCCUUCAGGAUGGAUUGGGAAACGUCCACAAGCCUCAGAACCAGACUGACGGGUCCACACCUCAGACCUCUGCUGCUGCAGCACCCCGCAGAACCUCCCCAGCAUCAGCGGGUGGAGGCUCGCUCAGUCUGAACAACAUAAACAACCAUAUUUAUCUUAAACUUUAUUAACCUGCAUGAAUCUGAACAACCAGCUCAGUUAGUCCUCUUGGACUCUUUCGGUCCACUCGAGACCAGAACCUUCUCCGUUAACAAUGACAAUCUGGAUCCAUGUCACAGUGCUCUCGUUCCAGAAAUCCAGCCUGGAUCUGGUCAGCUGCUUUCUUGUUAAUAAACAAACAAUUUGGUAAAUAAACUAGGUGUGGUGAAGAGGUGCAGCGUGGUUCUGGAAGGAACUUGGUCCAUUUUAGACUAGCAGGCUCCAGUCCUGGUCUUGAUAGGCUGGACCUUGAUAGUUUGAAGUUGGUUUUGAUGUGAGCAGAAGCAGGAAGUGAAUCUGUGUCCUCAUCAUCAGCAGACAUGUUCAUCUGAUGUCAGAAACAGACUCAGAACUUUACCAGAACCUGGGCCGACCUGAGCCUGAAAUCUGUCCUCAUAUUUGGGUCUGUUCAGGUUGAGUCCAUUAAGGGGUUUGACCCAUUUAAUGCCAGAACCAAACGGUUCUGGAUGCAACAGAACAUGAUGUUCAGAGAGAAGGGUGAUACUGAAUAUAAUGGCUGGUUCUUAUUGGGUUUCAUAGAACGGAACCAUUCAAGACAUGUACAAAAAAAAUCGGAUCCAAUUAAGUAAGACAUUUAAAAACAUCCGAGUUCGUUCCUGAAGCACCCUCUUCAUCUCACUGGUACCGGUUCUGAUCACACACACGAGGACCCAGAGGACUAACAGAACCGUUCUGCUGUGGUUCUAGGUCAACCGCACACAGUACUGCUGACUGUCGUGCAGACAGAACCCUGUCUCUGAGCUACAUCUAUUAUUGCUGUGUGUCUCAGCCUGUCAGUCACCGCUGAGGGUUUAUAUGACCUGAAUAAAGUGCUGCUGAAAUCAA